GUUACACUUCAGAGUACGUAAGAGAACAGGAAACCAAUGAUUCCCAUAUGUCCAGUAGUCUCCUUCACCUACGUGCCCAGCCGGCUAGGUGAAGAUGCCAAAAUGGCCACCGGCAACUAUUUUGGAUUUACCCAUGGUGCUGCGGCGCAGUACAGUCAGCAGCCGGGUGCUGGGGUAGCCUACACACAUCCCACUACUGUGGCCAGCUAUACUGUGCAUCAAGCACCUGUGGCAGCACACACAGUGGCAGCAGCCUAUGCCCCUACAGCCGCCACAGUUGCCGUGGCCAGGCCAGCACCAGUUGCUGUGGCAGCUGCGGCCACUGCCGCCGCUUAUGGGGGUUACCAACCAGCCCAUGCUGCCACGGAUUAUGGAUAUGCACAGAGACAGCCGGAGGUUCCCCCACCUCCACCUCCUGUUACCUCGCAAAACUACCAGGACACGUAUUCAUAUGUGCGGUCCACAGCUCCGGCUGUAGCAUAUGACAGUAAACAAUACUACCAGCAGCCUGCAGCUUCACCAGCAGUGGCUGCUGCAGCAGCCCAGGCACAACCCACUGUGGCUGAAUCCUACUAUCAGACAGCCCCUAAAACUGGAUACUCCCAAGGCGCCACUGCAUAUACACAGACCCAGCAAACGCGUCAGGUUACCGCUAUAAAGCCAGCCACCCCCAGCCCUGCCACUUCAACCUUCUCCAUUUACCCAGUGUCCUCCGCUGUGCAGCCGGGUGCAGCUGCAGCUGCCUCUGUAGUACCAUCUUACUCUCAGAGUCCCACCUAUUGCACCAAUGCUGUUACUUACUCUGGAACAUCAUACUCUGGAUAUGAAGCUGCUGUGUAUUCAGCUGCCUCCUCCUAUUAUCAGCAGCAGCAGCAACAGCAGCAGAAACAGGCGGCCGUUGCUGCAGCAGCCACUGCUGCAUGGACUGGCAGCACUUUUACGAAGAAAACUCCCUUCCAGAACAAAACUUUUAAACCCAAACAGCCCCCUAAACCACCGCAGAUACACUAUUGUGAUGUCUGCAAGAUCAGUUGUGCUGGACCCCAGACAUAUAAGGAGCACCUGGAGGGUCAGAAGCACAAAAAGAAGGAAGCCGCUUUGAAGGUGUCCCAGAGCAGCAGCAACAACAGCAGCAGCAGCAGUGGCGGCGGAAGCUCCGCCCGUGGCACUCUGAAUCAGCUGCGCUGUGAGCUCUGUGAUGUCUCCUGCACUGGGGCUGAUGCCUAUGCUGCACACAUCAGAGGAGCCAAACACCAGAAGGUUGUGAAAUUGCAUACCAAACUAGGAAAGCCGAUCCCAUCCACCGAGCCCAGUGUCGUCACCCAGGCCUCUGUCUCCAGCUCGGCAACUUCCAGUAAGACUGCCAGCUCCACCAUCAACAGCUCCACAAGCAGCACCGGGUCUAGCUUGUCUGCUUCCUCCUCUCUUUCCAAUACCUCUUACCUGAAGUCUGCCAGCAUGGGCAACAGCAUGACGGCUUCAGCAGCACAGGGCAAGAGCGUUGUGCCCAACAGUGCCACGGUCAACAGUAGCACUGUCAAGAAGAUCAACACCCCCAAAAUCAACUUUGUUGCUGGAAACAAGUUACAGAUGACUGCUGCUAAAAAUGAAGAAUCAAAAGUUGAGGCAGCUAAACCAGCCCAGUCUGCUGUGCCUGCACCACUGCCACUAGACUUGAAGAAUGACACUCCUGAAUCUCUGUCACCUCAGUCAGCACUCGCAGCCCUGCAGAGUGACGUUCAGCCUGUCGGACAUGACUAUGUUGAAGAGGUGAGGAAUGAUGAAGGAAAGGUUAUCCGGUUCCACUGCAAACUGUGUGAAUGCAGUUUCAAUGACCCGAAUGCCAAGGAAAUGCAUUUGAAAGGAAGGAGACAUCGACUGCAGUAUAAGAAAAAGGUGAACCCAGAUCUUCAGGUUGAAGUUAAACCUAGCAUCAGAGCCAGGAAGAUUCAAGAGGAAAAGAUGAGAAAGCAAAUGCAGAAGGAAGAGUACUGGAGAAGACGUGAAGAAGAGGAGCGUUGGAGAAUGGAAAUGAGACGCUACGAGGAAGACAUGUACUGGCGGCGUAUGGAGGAAGAGCAGCACCACUGGGAUGAUAGGCGCAGAAUGCCCGAUGGAGGUUAUCCACAGGGUCCACCUGGACCUCCUGGUUUGCUUGGAGUGAGGCCUGGGAUGCCCAUUUCACAGCCACAAGGACCAGUGCAUCCACGUCGCCCUGAUUCCUCAGACGAUCGCUAUGUGAUGACCAAACAUACAGCUAUUUACCCCUCUGAGGAUGAACUGCAAGCCAUUCAGAAGAUCGUGUCAAUCACGGAGCGAGCACUUAAGCUUGUCUCUGAUAUCAUCACUGAUCAAGAAAGCGCAACGGGCAAAGAAGAGGACAAAGACAAGAAAGAGCCUCCCAAAGACAGGGUGCUGAAAGGAGUGAUGCGGGUUGGUGUUCUUGCCAAGGGGCUGCUUCUGCGAGGAGACAAAAACGUCAACCUGGUCCUCCUUUGUUCUGAGAAGCCAACCAAGAAUUUGCUCACCCUCAUUGUGGAGCAUCUCCCCAAACAGCUCACGGUGGUAACACCAGAGAAAUAUGAAGUAAAAAGCUCCGUCCAAGAGGGUGCCAUUAUCCUUUCCUCCUGUGCUGAGCCUAAGAUGCAGGUGACCAUCACCCUCACCUCGCCCGUCAUCCGAGAGGAGAGCACCCGGGAUGGAGAUGUAACCUCGAGUAUGGUGAAAGACCCAGCGGACGUCUUGGACAGGCAAAAAUGCCUUGACGCUCUGGCUGCCCUACGCCACGCUAAGUGGUUCCAGGCUAGGGCUAAUGGACUCCAGUCAUGUGUGAUUGUCAUUCGAAUACUGCGUGACCUAUGUCAGCGAGUACCUACCUGGUCUGCCUUUCCUUGCUGGGCGAUGGAGUUGCUGGUGGAGAAGGCCAUCGGCAGUGCCUCUGGGCCAAUGAGCCCUGGAGAUGCUCUGCGACGAGUCUUUGAAUGUAUUUCCUCUGGCAUUCUGCUAUCUGGUGCUCCAGGAUUGACCGACCCAUGUGAGAAGAAUCCAACAAACACACUGGCUGCCAUGGAAGAGCAGCAGAGAGAGGAUAUUACAUCAAGUGCUCAGUUUGCCUUGAGACUGCUGGCGUUCCGUCAGAUUCACAAGGUUUUGGGUAUGGACCCCUUGCCCCAGAUUAACUCUCACUUCAAUGUACGUAAUAACCGCAAGAGGCGUCGUGACAACAGUGAUGGGGCUGAUGGUUUUGAAGCCGAAGGGAAGAAGGACAAGAAGGAUUAUGAUGGGUUCUGAAGUGCACUACUGUACAACUAGCCCUGCUUUCUCUGCACCCAUUUCAAACCUAGUUCAUUCCGUAUUACAAAAUGUUAUUUCCGUUGACCUUUGUGCAUGCCAAUUACUACUCACUAGAAAUAUUUUAAGAUAUGUUAAUGACCCUGAUGAUGGCCACUUGGGCAAAUGCGAGGCUUAAUUCCCUUAACGCAUAGACAAUUGUCUCAGUUGUUUAAAAACAAUCUAGUCUGUCUCGGCAUUAUUUGCCCUGAAAGAUUUGAGAUGGCUUACAAUCCUGAGCAGUUAAGCCAGAAGCACAUGCUUCAUUAAGAAACUUGAAUUUAAUAUUUCACCAUCUUCAAAACUAUAAAUUGCUACUGUCAGUGGAACAGAUUCUUUCUUUAAUCAUAUCCUUCCAGUCACAAAUGUAAAGUAACUUUGACAAUGGCUUCCUUAGCUUUGCAAUAAAUUGGUUGGGUGUUUUCAUAAUGUAUUUUGUUUAGACAUUCCUUUUUAAAACCACAAAUAUAAAGAUGAAAUGAGAGAUUCAUCCAUUAAUCAUUGUGAUGAAUGUGAUUACAUUUGACUGGGUGUGGAUUUAUACAAGCAUGUAUUUCACUAAAAGGCUGGGUUAGCUGUUAACCAUUUGUAAAUCACAAUAUCGGCUUAUUAAUAACCUUUAAACGUGUCUAUAACCUUGUUUCUCCUAUAUGCUUAAUGCAAGUGAUGUAAAGCUGAACUGGUCCCAAAGUUAGGCUGUAGGUAUGCUCUGUUAUUCACAGGCCUCUGUGGUGUAGUUGUAAUACAUUUCCAAAAAUACACUGAUCCUUGAAAUCAGACCUGGGCCAAAUACUAAAUCCAAGUGAUCUGCCCUUUUGUUUUAUGACUUCAGCAUGGAGAUGUCACUAAGUUAGGGGUUUGUUAUUUUGAUAAAGAAUCUUUUGAGUCACUAAGUUUGUGUACAAACGGUGAACAUUAGAGUACCUUGAGGUCAAAGAUGUUUUCAUUUAGAAUUUGUAAUUGACCCAGGUCUGCCUGUUUGUGUUGUAAUUUCUAAAUGUAUCUCUUAAUGUACACAGGAUCAUAUAACCGUUAGAUCUCUAAUAUAUGAUCACUAAUAAGCCUGUAUCUAAUCUUGCAAUAGAUCUUCAAAAACAAAUACCUGAAUGGUUUUAAAGUAAAGGAAUGUUGUUGUUGUUUUUUUUUUUAUGUUCUUGUUUUAUUGGUUUAUAGAUGAAUAGUUGCUUGCCCUUAUUUCUGGUUGAUGAUGAAAGUUUGUUGAAUAUCUAUUGAAGAUGGGAGGGACAACAGUGUAAUGUAUGUGUUGUAACUGCAGAUUGAUGUAGACUUACCCUUUGAUGCUUGUCAUUCACUGUCAAGGUACUACUGCAAUACAAUGCAUAUAAUAAAGACAUUUCCA